UAAAAAGAGUUUCUAUCUGCAAUCUCUAAUUUCAAAUCUCCCCCAUUCGUUGCUUCUCCUCUCCGCUACCCCCGAACAAAUCUAGGGUUUCGGAUCGGAAUCCUCCACCGCCGCCGGCGUUACUACCGGCGAUAAUGUCGGCCAGCGGCGAGCCCGAGAAGGUCCCCGCCGCCGCCGAGGGAGAGGAGAAGGCGGACGGCGCGAAGGAUGCCGCGGGCUCCGGGGGAGAGCUGCUGUACUGCGGCGCGACCAACUUCGAGACCAUGGGGCGGAAGGUGGUGGGCGGGGCGCAGGGUAACCUAGUGUCGCCGACGCGGAUGCGGUCGCUCAUGGGCGUCGACAUACGAUUCGUUGCCUCCGGGUGCACGGCUUGCCAUUGUGUUGCCUUGGAUGCUGAAGGACGUUGCUAUACAUGGGGUCGAAAUGAGAAGGGGCAGUUGGGGCAUGGGGAUACUCUUCAGCGUAACCUGCCGACUGUUGUUUCUGAACUAUCAAAGUACAAAGUCAUUAAAGCAAGUGUUGGAAGAAAUCACACAGUGGUUGUAACCGAUGACGGGAAGUCAUUCUCAUUUGGUCACAAUAAACACGGACAGUUGGGUACAGGCUCCCUAAGGAAUGAAAUUGAGACAUCACCAAUGCCCUGUCUUGUUACUGAAGCAACUAAUGCUGUUUGUGGUGCUGAUUUUACUGUCUGGCUGUCAUCAGUGGAGGGCUCUACUAUACUUACAGCAGGUCUUCCCCAGUACGGUCAGCUUGGUCAUGGAACCGACAAUGAGUACAAUAUUAAAGACUCAUCUGUAAAGCUGGCAUAUGAUCCCCAGCCCCGUCCCAGGGCAAUAGCUUCAUUAUCUGGGAAAACUAUCGUCAAAGCUGCAUGUGGAACAAAUCAUACAGUUGCAGUUGAUUCAAGUGGCUAUGUUUACACAUGGGGCUUUGGUGGAUAUGGAAGGUUGGGCCAUAGAGAACAAAAGGAUGAGUGGCAGCCUCGCCUUGUUGAAGUCUUCCAGAAGCAUAAUGUUCUGCCACCCAAUGCUAUUAUAUCAGCUGGUGCGGCAAGUUCUGCAUGCACUGCCGGUGGAGGACAGUUGUACAUGUGGGGAAAGUUAAAGAAUACAGGCGACGACUGGAUGUAUCCAAAGCCAUUAUUGGAUUUAAGUGGUUGGAACAUUCGUUGCAUGGCUUCUGGUAACAUGCACCACGUUGUUGGUGCAGAUGAUUCUUGCAUAAGCUGGGGAACAGCCCAAAAUGGAGAGCUUGGCUAUGGCCCUAAUGGGCAAAAGUCAUCUGCUAAUCCUAAAAAGGUUGACAUCCUUGAAGGAAUGCAUGUUAUAAGUGUUGGUUGUGGAUAUGGGUUGUCUGCGAUUGUUGUAGACAGAUCAAUUGCUAGUGACCGGCUUAAUCAGCUGGAUAUUUAUGACGGUGAUACCUCCACUGAAGAAGACAGAGUGGAGGUCCAGGUUGCCAAGAAGGCAUCUGCUAGCACCAAUGCACGAUCUAACAAGCGCAAGAAAACCAAGGAUGUUUCCGAAUCAGAAGAGGAUGAUGAUGAGGAAGAUGAUAGCGACGACGAUGAAAAUGGUGAAAUAAAAGGUGGUAAGGGUAGACGUGGCCGCAAACCUUCAAACAGAGGGAGAGGCAGGGGAGCUAAAAAGGCAACUCCUGAGCCAAAGCCAUCUGCAAGGGGCAGAGGCCGCCCGAAGAAAACCGAGUCUCCUGCUCAGAAAACUGGGAGCUUGGGGCGAGGCGGGAAGAGGGGGAAGCGAGGAAGAGCUCGGAAGUGAGUUUAAACCAAGUAGGGCAUUGUUGAACUCAGAUCGUGUGAUUGUCUAACUCCUGAUGCGAUCCAACCCAGCCAUUCAAGGGCAUUUGUUUUCUUAGCAAUGGUUUCUUACUCUUGCCCGCCUUACAUUGUUGAGCCUGUUUUUUGAGUGGAAUUACCUCUGGUAUUGAAGACUUGUCUGAUUUGAACCUGAAAAGCUCUGUUUAGUUAGCCUCCAAGAGCAUGAGAUAAGUUAGCUCUCGUAGAGCCCAGGGCUCAAAAGAUUUUAUCCACACCGCAGCUUCUAUAGCCA